UCAAUCAACAAAUACCCCUUACCCCCCAGGUUCUUUCUUGUUGCCACACACCUUAUUAAAAUCCCAUUCAAAUUCAAUAAAAUUCCUUCCUUUCUCUGCUCCUCAAAGCAAAUUGAUUGAGAAGGAACUUGUUAACAAUUAUCUUCUCAUUUUGAGACUCUUGUCUGGCAAAAGAUUUAAACCGACAUGGGUCUUUCGCCAUACUCAAACCCAUCUGAUGCUGGAGUACUAUGUGUAAUAUUGGUCAACACAGCCAUGUCUAUAUCAACCAUGAAGGAAAUUGUAUGCUCAUUCCUUCAUGUGGUCGGUAUUCGUGUAGCAUCAUCCGAUCAUGUCUUCACUGAAUCAUCUGAGCAACGAGGAACCCCUUCAGAAACUUAUAUGGAAGAUUUCAGAAGUCACACUCCGUCUCUUCGUUACGUAUCUCUGUGCCGUACCACCAAACAGGAAUGCUCAGUUUGUUUAGUGGAUUUUAAACCUGAUGCUGAAAUCAAUCAACUUUCUUGUGGGCAUGUAUUCCAUAAAUCUUGCCUUGAAAAAUGGCUAAAAUGUUGGAAUGUUACUUGUCCUCUAUGUAGAAACCACAUGAUGAUUCCUAAAGAAGUCGAAGAAAACACUUACCCAAUGUGAAAGGUUCAAUACAGUUAAUGGUGUUGGUGUACAGGGGCAAACUUACCCUUUUUUGUAGAUAUCAAAUGUGCAAGGGUUCCGGUGUUUUGUAUACAUCUGAGAAACUUAAAAACAUUGAUCUUUUUCUCGUUUGUUCGAGUUUUCUUUGAAGAAAUAUAUCAUUGUUUCUUCGUCUUCA